UAAUACUAAAUUUUUUGUUGUCCUGCACAGUGAUCAAUGAAGGCUUUGGUCAGCAAUGGCUGUUGUGUCAUGGAAGGAGAUUUUACUUUUGAGUGGACUGGUGGUGGGGUGUUACUGGAACAGCUUGUCAUGCGGGUUUGUGUUUGAUGAUGUCUCAGCAAUCCUUGACAACAAGGAUCUGCGCCCAUCAACCCCAAUCCACAACCUUUUUCUCAAUGAUUUCUGGGGAACACCCAUGGCUGAGGAACGGAGUCAUAAAUCUUACAGACCCCUGACAGUACUCACCUUUCGACUGAACUACCUCUUCAGUGAACUCAGCGCAGCUUCCUACCACCUGCUCAAUGUCAUUUUACAUGCUGUUGUAUGUGUGCUUUUCCUGCGAGUGUGCCGAUUGUUCCUGGACAAGACUUCCAGCUUAGUGGCAGCAUUACUGUUUGCUGUGCAUCCCAUUCACACUGAAGCUGUCACUGGUGUGGUUGGCAGAGCUGAACUUCUUUCAUCAAUCUUUCUUCUGGCUGCUUUCCUGGCGUAUACAAAGUCAACUGGACCAGACCAUUCCAUUGUUUGGCCUCCCAUUGCUCUGACAGUAGUUUUAGUGGCAGCGGCAACACUGUGUAAGGAACAGGGAAUCACGGUUGUUGGUGUCUGCUGUGUCUACGAGAUCUUUGUUGCACAGGGGUUUACAUUGCCAAUGCUGGUGGACACGAUAUGGCAAGUUCUGCAGGGUAAAGAUGGGUUUCCCUAUGCUGUCCUGCAAACUCUUCUGAAGCUCAUUGUUCUAGUCAUCAGCACCCUGCUGCUCGUUAUUAUCAGGGUCCAAGUCAUUCAGUCGCAGCUUCCUGUCUUCACAAGGUAGGCAGUGUUACGGAUGGAAAACUCACCAGCAUUUUCAUAAAAUAAACUUUAGCCAGUUUUGUUAAUUAUUUAUUUAUUAAGCUAAGCCAAGUGAACAUAACAGGAAUAACAAGAACGGCAGACGGUUCUGCUCAAAGGUCAUUUUCAUGGGAAGGAAAAGCCCAGUUUCAGUCAUUUAGUGACCUGCUAAAAGGCACACAUUUCACAAUUUAAAAAUAUAUUUUCUCUAAGCAAAAUGAUGUGUUGAAGAAUUUUCAGUUUGUUUUAAUUGAUUUGUCAUUAAAUCUUUUGAGUUUGCCCUAUUUUGUUUUUCCUCUCCAGACAAAAGA